GCAGCUUUAUUCCGGAAGACCUGAUAUCUGCGCAGGACUGUGAAAUGGCAAUGAAGCGUUUUCAGUCUUCAUGCACUGCCUGCUGGCAUCUGCCGCGACGGGCAGUUCUGAAGAGUAUGCGGACUGGGGACGCGUGUCCGCGGAUAGAGCUCAGAUCAUUGACCAAGGCGUCCGGUGUAGCUCAUAACAGACUGUCGAAGCUAUAUCUACCAUCUGGGACAGUCUCGGCUCGUGGGGAAUCCAAGGAGAGCUCGACAGAUGUUCUGAUACGCGCAGGCUAUAUUCGCAAGUCAUCGGCUGGAAUAUAUUCACUCUUGCCAUUGGGUACUAUCAUCCAGAGGAAGUUGAUGGCGAUUAUUCACCGAAGCAUGUCUAUGAUUGGAGCAUCCGAGGUGUCGCUACCCGCUCUCCUGACUCCGACAGCGUGGCAGGCUACCGGCCGUUGGGCCAACACUGAGAUAUACAAGCUAAAGGAUGCAAGCGAGUCAGAAUUCAUGCUGGCGCCCACACACGAGGAGGAGAUCACCACAAUCGUCGCAGACGAGGUCAGCUCGUAUAGACAGCUUCCUGUACGGCUGUAUCAGAUUGGAAAAAAGUAUCGCGACGAACUCAGGCCUCGGGCCGGAAUGAUGCGCGGACGGGAAUUUAUGAUGAUGGAUCUGUAUACUUUCGACACAACAGUUGAGAAUGCAAUGGCUACAUAUGAAGAUGCCAGAGGGGCGUACGAUUUUAUUUUCAAGUCUAUCGGUGUCGAGUACGCCGUUUCGGAAGCAGAUUCUGGAUCUAUCGGUGGAGACCUUUCUCACGAAUACCACUACAUAUCGUCAGCUGGCGAAGAUAAGCUCAUCAAGUGCGACUCUUGUGAUUACGCCGCCAACGUCGAGGUUGCAGCUUCUUUUCCACCAGAAGAGCACGCAGGGAAUCCGUUUGAGGUCGCUGUGACUUAUGGGCUUUUGGACGAUGGAACAUUGCUGGUAAUUUAUCAUCCGCCUGGUCGCAAGGUCAACGAAAACUUAAUCAAGAGAGAGCUACCGACUUAUCAGAUGGGAGAAGAAGAUCCAGUCGGCUCGGUUGUUGCAAAUGGUGACAUGAUGCUGCAGAAGAUGAUCAGGAUAUACGACGAACGAGUGCCAGAGAACUCUUCCCUGCCUGAUCUUCCUAUACAGGUUAACAUUGGAAAUAUCACAACCCUGCGGUUUCCUUGCGUCGAAGUCGAUCCGGAGAACUUCCCGAAUGAACAGUGUCCGAGCUGCGAGGGUGGAGUGUUGACCGCCUCGAAGGCUGUUGAAGUGGGGCAUACUUUUUACCUUGGGACAAAGUACUCCAAGCCUCUGAAAGCUACGUACCAAUCGAAAGACGGAACACAGCAGAUUAUCGAAAUGGGAUGCUAUGGUAUUGGCGUGUCUAGACUGAUUGACGUGAUUGCGGAUGUCACCAGAGACGAGCACGGUCUAUGCUGGCCAGUCUCUGUUGCUCCCUUCGAGGUUGUUAUUGUCACCAAACCGAAAUCUGAAGAGAUCAGCGAUGCAGCUACGACUCUGUACCAACAUCUGACAGAUGCAGGCUGCGAGGCGAUAAUUGACGAUCGUGAGGAUAAAUCGUUUGGCUGGAAGCUCUCGGACGCACGGUUCUUGGGAUUUCCGGCGAAUGUGAUUAUCGGAAACAAGUUCUUGAAGACGGGUUUGGUUGACGUUGAGAGUCGACGGACGGCCGAGAAGGUUGAGUGUAAGAUUGAUGAGGUUCCAGAGCGCAUUUCGUCGUUGCUGACUGCGGAGAGAAAUCUAGUGCGGUCUGCGCGAGUAGAAUAAGCUAAUAUAGAUGAGCUGAUUGUACAUAGUCGAGAUUAAUCACAGAUUAAUUAAU